AUGGCCACCGGUCAGGGGCAGAGGGAGGAUGCCCGACCAGUCUUCUUUUUUGAUAUUGACAACUGUCUUUACUCAAGGGGCUCUCAGAUCCACGACAAGAUGCAGGACCUGAUUGACUUGUUUCUGGUAAAGCAUCUAUCACUCGAACCAGAGGACGCAGUCGUGCUUCACCAGAAGUACUACAAGGAAUAUGGCCUUGCUAUCGAAGGCCUAACGCGUCAUCACAAGAUCGACCCUCUUGUAUUUAACCGAGAAGUCGAUGAUGCGCUGCCAUUGGAUCAGAUCUUGAAACCCGACGCCAAACUGCGAGAGUUUCUCGAAGACCUCGAUACCACCAAAGUUAAACCUUGGCUGUUAACAAAUGCCUACGUCAAUCACGGCAAGCGAGUAGUUAAACUUUUAGGCGUUGACGACCUUUUCGAGGGUAUCACCUACUGUGACUACGGGCAACCGGUACUUAUCUGCAAACCCAAUGAGAAGAUGUGGGAGAAGGCAGAAAGGGAGGCAGGCGUCAAAUCUAUCGAUGACUGCUACUUUGUCGCUACAGUGAGGUUCGUUGGGUCAACACACUUUGCUCCGGGAGAAUGGAUCGGGGUUGAGCUGGACGAUGCAACGGGGAAGAACGAUGGAUCUGUUCAGGGAGAACGCUAUUUCGACUGCGAACAUGGAUUUGGCAUGUUUAUCAGACCCUCAGCCAUUGCAUCAGUCCUUGGGCCUGUUCCUAAGCGUGAUAGUAGACGAGGGACAACAAGCGGGACGGGCGUUGGCAAAUCCCAGGUGUCUGGAGCAGCUCCAUUGAGGAAGGCAGGCAAUGUCGGUACAGCCACUGCAAAACGGCAAAGCACAGUUUCAAGCCCCUCUCCUGCACCUAGAGAACCAGGGACUCGAAAUUUAAGGUCGCCCACCAAAUCCCCAACGAAGCAACUUAUUACUCCCUCACGACCUUCUUCGACAGUCGCAAAACCUGCCCUCUCGGCGAAGCCUAGACCUAGUAUUAGCGGGCGAACAUCGAUGGCCCCCCCUGGCCAGGGAGCGAGCUCAGCCCGACCUCGUCAGUCACUGAUAGGCAGUCAAGGCAAGGUCACACGGCCUGGGGCACCCUCGAGUACGCAGUCAUCUAUGUCAUCCAGCAAACGACUUUCGGUACGUCCGACAGUAUCAAAGAAGGCUACAGGUGAGAGUCCAAACCGAACAAGUGGCGCAUCGGAGCCAAGUGCCGACACCGACACGUCUCGUGAUAUAGAACAAGAUUUCCAAAACGAUGAUAUCUCGCACCCGGAACCGGUCAAGCCGGUAUCGCACGGGGUUAUAUCGGCUCGAGUCCCAUCAACUUCACGCAGCACGCCCCAGAGCUCCAGCAUUGCCAGGGAACUUGAAGAUCUGAAAACAAAACUCAAGGUGAUGGAGAAGAAGCGAGCCGAAGAUAGGGAACGAUUGAAGAAUCUUGAGCGUCUUCAAGCCGAGAGAGACAAAUAUGAAGGCAUCAUCCAGAAAUUGCAAGCCAAGUACCAACCUCAGCAGGUCGAAUUGACGGAGUUGAAGAAAAAAAUCCGAGAAACCGAAGCAAAACUAGAGGAGGCUGAGAGAAUGCAAGCCGAGCACGAAUCUAUCUUAGAAGUGACUGCUUUGGACCGUGAAAUGGCGGAAGAGACCGCUGAAGCAUUCAAAGUCGAGUGUCAAGACCUGAAACUCAGACUGGAAGAGCUGCAAUUAGAGAUUGAAGUUCUUCGGGAUGAGAAUGAGGAAUUGAAUUCUGUCAUGAGCCCAGAGGACAAGUCAAGCCAGGGUUGGCUACAAAUGGAAAAGACGAACGAGCGACUUCGAGAGGCACUAAUGAGGCUCAGGGAUAUGACACAGCAGACAGAAGCGGAGCUUCGUGAUCAAGUCAAAGAGUUACAAGAGGAUCUCGAAGAAUACACAGCAGUAAAAGCUCAAUACGAAGCGACCAAGGAGAAAUUGCUGUCUUCUGAAUCUAAUGUGGAUGACCUCAAGCAACAGUUAGAAACGGCUCUGGGUGCCGAGGAAAUGAUUGAAGAGCUGGCUGAUAAGAAUAUGCGUUACCAAGAGGAAAUAAACGAACUCAAAGCGGCCAUUGACGAUCUUGAAAGUCUGCAGGAGAUCAACGACGAGCUAGAACUCAAUCAUGUCGAGACAGAGAAGCAAUUGCAGGAAGAGAUCGACUACCGAGAAACUAUCUUUAACGAGCAAUCUCGCAAGGUCGCGCAGCAAGAUGAGAUUAUCGAAGAUCUGGAAUAUACCUUGGCUCGAUUCCGGGAGCUUGUCACGAAUUUACAAAGUGACCUCGAAGAUAUGCGUGCCUCCCAGCAGUUAACAGAAACAGAAGCGAAUGAGCUUUCCACUCGUUCCAGGGCAAUGAUGGAUCUUAAUCUGAAACUACGAGCUUCUGUUGAGAAAGCUCAAAGUAAAACGAUCGAAGUUGAGUUGGACCGCAUGGAGGCAGAAGAAUCUACCGAACACCUUGCAAUUGUCCAGUUUUACUUACCAGAUUAUUACGAGUCCGAGAAAGACUCGGUGCGAGCUUUCCUGCGUGCCAAACGUGUCGAGUCAAAGGCCUCUCUGAUUCAGAACACGGUUCGGGAACGUCUUGUUGAACAAUCCCAAUCCUUGGGCACCAAUGAAAAUAUCUUCGCAUCAUACGAAGUCAUCGAGAAUGCCUUGUGGAUAUCGCGUGUCUGCGAUAGAUUUGUUAAGCAUGUCACCUCAUGUUCUCCGGAACAAUUUUCUCAGUUCGGAGCUGCGUUUUACGAGCUGGAACCAGUGGAGCGGACAGUUAAUAAUUGGAUCGAUGCUAUAAAAAGAAAUGAGAUCGACGAGAGGAAGUGCGCUUUGGAAUUGCAAAGAUCUAUUGCCCUCUUAACCCAUCUCGCAGAGACGUUGAUUCCAACAGGGCUGGCAGCAUAUGCAGGUGAAACGCUCACACGUGCUAUUAUGAUCCAGACGUACUUGGAACAUAUUGCUUCAGCCUCAGCUCAAUUGAGGAGUCUUCUGCAGGGCAAACUCUCUGCGCCCGACGAUGAUGAUACAGAAAAGGUUUUCUUUUUGAGUAAAAGUGAGGCACUGAUCGGGCAGGCUCGUGGCUUAAAAGUGGCAAUCACCAAAGUAAUUCGUUCUUUGGAGGAGCUAAACUCUAGGUCGCUUGCCUUAUCAGAUGGAGCUGCCGAACCAUUUGAGUCUGCUGAAACAACGGCUAAGAAGCUGGCGGAAUUGACACGGCAGCUAGGGGAAGAUGUAAUCAUCCUCCUUGGGGAGGAAGGCCGCAUUGAGCCUUUCAGAUACGAAGAGGUUUCAAUCAAAAUGUCGCAUACCGCAGUAACUGUAGCCCAAGGCCUCGCAACGGAAAGUGAAAGCAAUGAUGCACUUUCAUUACUGAGUGCAGGACUAAAGACCUUGACUAGUCAGCUUGAAGAGUUAAACACCCAUGCUUCUGACUUGACCCACACGGCCGAAUUUGAAAGAGGAAAGCUUCCGUGGAUUUCACGUGCUGAAGAGCUCAAAGCACGCAAGGAGUUAUCACCUGAUGCGGAUGAGGAGAUCCGUCGACUCAAGAAUGAGUUGAGCGAGACGUCUACUGCCCUUGGCGUCAAAGAUAAAACGCUUGAGGAGCAAUCGAUGAAAGUGGAGCUGCUUGAAUCUCGCAUGCGAGAAGCGACCAAGAAGGCCUCUGUUGUUAAGGAAUUUGAAUCCAAGGUUGAACAGAUGCAAGAAAAGGAGAUCCAGCUUCAAGGACUUGUGGAAAAGCUUGGCAAGGAGUUGGAAGUUAUGCAAUCCGAACGCGAUGAUUAUAAGCACCGGUUUGAGCGUGCGAAGAGGGCGUCUGGCACAGCCGGUGCAGCCAUCACAGCAGAGGGCGUUGUUGUCGACUCACAAGCUACUCUGGCAGCAAUGCGUGAGAACGAAGCUUUACGCUCAGAGAUUAAUGGUCUCCAAGCAGCGGUUCGGUUUUUGCGCGAAGAAAAUCGUCGUUCAAACCUGAUUGAUCCUUACUCUGUUCAACGGACGACAACCAUGCACGCCUGGCUUGAUGCACCACUAACACAGGGAAAACCAUCUGCACAGAAAGAGUCACGAUAUGCCCGAGCCGCGGAAAGCCGGGAUGUACUUAAUCAUUUACUUAAACUUACCAAAGAAACCCGAGUCACCGAUUUGGCAUCUACUCACCCAGCGGAUGCAAAACGCUCAGCGUGGCGUCCUGCCAAGUCAACUUACCGGUAUAAGGCCCUCCAGAAUCGUGAAAAUUACGAGCAAUGGAGUGAUUGGAAGAAUGAAGUGGCAAUGCGAGAAAAGGAGGAAGAGAGAAUACUUGUGGCAAAAGCAGAACGUAUUUUGCGUGAGCAACAGUUUAAACGCCAUCUUCCUCGUGGGUCUGGACAUGCAAAAACGCCGUCGGCCGGAUACGGUAUGAUGGGUAGGGCUUGGACCAUCCUGGGAAUGCAAAGUGGAAUAGACAGGAAAGAGGCUGGAAAGGUCGAGAUCGUGUCUGAUGUUUCUGAUGUCUAA